AUGAAGGGUUUUGGAUCGUACAACGAUUGGAGUUAUUACGCAUCACCUUCAUCCAAUUUAUCAGCUUUCGCUACACCGUUUAGUGUUAAGCGAUCUUCUCCCGUUGAAGUUUCGCCUCCGUUUAUUGAUCCAGGCGAUGCUGCGCGCCCUGGGUUCCCAUAUAGAUAUCCAGAUCGAUAUGAACCCCAACAAUAUUUCAAUUCGUAUGGGGUUCAUCAAGAUCGCGAUUCUGUUUCUGUUUCGGUUGUACCGGAUCAUUGGUCUUCGUUUUCGGGUUUUACCGCCUCGGAUGGGGUUUCUCGAGGUGAUUAUGCUAAUAACAUGAAUGAGUUAGGGUUUUCUGAUCAAAAUGUUGCUAAGCAGUUUGCGGAUUUUGGGAAUGGGAAAGAGAAUCAGAUUGGAGUUAGGGCUAAUAAGGCGAAUGAGUUAGGGUUAGGGUUUGCUGGUCAAACUGUUGGUAAUCAGUUUGCGGAUUUUGGAAAUGGUAAAGGGAAUCAGAUUGGAGUUGGGCGUGGUUUUGGAUUGAAUCAAACUAAUUUUACUGGCUCUGUUGCUGAUGAAAGGAUGAAGUCAGGGUGUCAGGAUGUAACUGUCAGUCAUGUUGAGGGUCCACAUAUGAUUGGUUGGGAGAAACAUAGCUUGACUACAAGUGCGGAUCCUCUCGAUGAUAAACCAUUCUGGUGGAGGACUACCAAACUCCCAAAUGCUGGGUGUCAAGAUAUAACUGAUGGUCAUGGUGAGGUUCCACAUAUGAUUGGUUGGGAGAAACAUAGCUUGCCUACAAGUGGGGAUUGUGUUGAUGAUAAAUCUUGCUGGUGGAGACCUACCAAACCCAUGCCGGUUGAUUUUUCACAUACAUCGAUUUUGCAUUCUCUUCCAUUGUCUCUAGAGACUCAUCAUGAGGCCCCCUUGAAAUUAGCUGUAGAUUCAGGGGACCAUCACUUUUCAUAUACUGGUGUAUAUGACAAACACUUGGGGCAGCAAGAUAAACAAACAAGAGUUGAUACUGUUUCUUCGACAUCUAUAACAGGAUCAUGCACAGAUUUAAACCUUGGCAUUUUUGUCCCAGAUGGAAGCUCUGGACCCAAAAAAUUCAAUGAUAUAAACGAGGCUGCUGCUUGCUUUGGUUUAAAUCUCUGCAUGAAUCUAGAUAGUAAUGAAGCUUCCUCAUCAAACAAUGCAAUGGUUUCAGACAUGAAUGAUUCAGGGGAUGUUGUGGAUUAUAAAGAUAAAGCAAGACAUGAAUUUCCAUAUCUUCAGCCAAAUCCAGACUCACCUUGCUGGAAAGGAGCUCCUGCUGCUCAUUUUUCUUAUUAUGAAUCUUCUCAGGUUUUUCCUCCUGAAAAUGUGCCUAAAAAUGAAUGCUGUGGUUCUGUUAUUCGGGAGCCUCAGAGUUUUCUUCUUGAUGGCAAAAAUAAUGUCGAAAAGCCAUGUGACAGCAGCUUCCAAUUGCACAUUCAAAUUGCUGAUCAGGAAACAUAUUCAGUGGGUUCUUCCUUGAAACAAAAUUCAGAAGCAAGAUUUGCAUCUGCUGAUUGCAAUGUAGUGAAUGCUGGACCUUUUCACUCUGAGCCAUCUUGUGAUUACGAGCUUCAAUAUCAAGAUGAUAUUACCAAAAUGAAGGAUAAUAGUGUACCACCAACCAAGCCAAUUGACUAUACCGGAUGCAAUGAGAAUAUAUGCUCAGCGUCUGCUACAUCUCUUACCGGAGGACAUGCCCUGUCUUUGUCUUCUUCAGUGGAAGAUGCAUCUACUACAUCUGAAAAAUCAGCCGCAAAAGUAUCAACUGAGGAAUUAAAUGCCCAGAUGCUGGUUGAUACCAUGAACAAAUUUUCACAGUUGCUUCUUAACCAUUGUUUAAAUGAUGCUUUUGAGCUGGAAGAACAAAAUUGCAAUAUCCUUAUAGAUGUGAUCACCAAUCUUAAUACAUGUGUUUUGAAGAAUGCUGAGCGAAUUAACUUGGCUCAAGAAUGUUUUCUUCGUCAGCCAGAAACUUCUAGAUGUGCUGUAGAAUCAUGUGAACUUCAACAGGGGGUCCAAUUAACCAAGAUAGCACCAGAGUACUCUGUGGAUGAGCCUGAAAAUCAGCUUGCUCAAAAGGCAGAUCUCUGUUUUAGAUCUGAGAAGCCACAUUGGAUGCCUUCAGGCUUCAUUUCCCUAAGCGGUGGUGCAGAAAUGACAAAGGAAGAGAACAUGACUAAGGCUAUAAAGAAUAUUCUUAGUGAGAAUUUUGAUGAUGAUGAAGCAACAGAGUCUCAGACUCUAUUGUAUAAAAAUCUAUGGCUUGAGGCUGAGGCUGCAUUAUGUUCCGUCUCUUACAAAAAUCGCUACAAUCAAAUGAAGAUUGAAAUGGAGAAACAGUCAUACAAGCAAAGAGACAUGGAGCAGCAUUCAAAAUCAGAAGUUAUUCCUAGUUUAAGCAGGAGUGAGAGUUCUGCAAUUGAAGUUAACAAAUGUCUAAACUCUGAUUCUUCUGCUGCUACCAUUCCAAAGGAACUUUCCCAGUCGAAAUUUUCUUCUGAUAUGAACAGGCUUGAUUCAUUGACACCUGAAGCAGAUGGUGGUCAAAACUUGUAUAAUUUCAUCCACAAUUAUGCUGUUUCUGGCAUAAACAAGGAAGUGGCUGGAAAUGACGAGGCUUCUGUUAUGGCCAGAUACAAUCAGACAUCUUGGCAGCUCAAGAAGCAGAUAAUCAAAACCAGAUUUCAUUUUCUCAAGUCCCGGGCUGCUGAAGAUUCAAGUUCUGUAUCUUCAACAGAGAAAUUGUUUGAAUUUUCUGGUGAAGGAAUAAAGGAGACAGUAAUUACAAAAGAUGCAUUAGAGGGUGAAAGUUUGAAUGCUAAUCUCAAACUCUACACUGCUGUGGAUGAAUCAACUCCAAAGGAGAUUCACCUGGAUUGGGGGGAUAGAACCUACGAAUUUCAGCCUCCCAAUUAUCACUUUGAUGGCUUGGCAACAGACUGGGAACAUGUGUAG